GCAAUCCCUCUUUGCCUGUGAAGUCAACAGCUCAGUGUUUCAGUCACCAGUUAUUACUUGUGCUUGGUGGUUUAGGGUAAGGAAGAUAAAAUGCACGUAAUAACCCAAAGCGCGAUCCUGUUUUUGUGGAUGCAAACACUGACCUUCGUGAGAAGUGAAGACUGUACACUUAAACAGUUUUUAGAAAGCAAUAAAUAUGAUGAAAAUUUUGACACAUCUAAUCUGGAUGCCAGCUACCCUCCUGGAAAACAAUUUAGAGUGAGCUGCAAUGUUGGCUACACUGGCUUUUUUAAACUGAUCUGUACCGAGAGAGGAUGGGAGACUAGAGGCACUAAAUGUGAACUAAAAUCAUGUGGUCAUCCCGGCGAUGCCCAGUUUGCAGAUUUUGCUCUGGUCCAAGGUGACGAUUUCGUCUUUGGGUCACGAGUUGUAUACACCUGCCAGAAAGGUUAUCAAAUGGUCAGUCGCACAAGCUCCCGGCAAUGCAUGGCUGGAGGCUGGGAUGGAGUUGUUCCUGUUUGUGAAGCCCAACAGUGCCCAGCGAUUCAUGUGGACGGUAAUGUCCUGGUGACUGGGGACCCAGAUGAAGCAACUUUUGGCAAUGUAGUUCGAUUCAGCUGCAAGUCCAACACUGAAAUGCUGGAAGGGCCAGUGGAGAUCUAUUGUGAUGAAAAUGGAGCCUGGAGUGCGGAGGCUCCAAAAUGCAAAGAAAUAACAUGUGAAAUACCCGUGAUUGAAAAUGGUUUUGUGCACGACAAAAAACUGAAGUACAACGAAAAGGACGUCCUGCAUUUUACGUGUAAUCCUUCAUUUAAACCCGCUGAAGUGCGACCUUCAACAUGCGCAAAAUUUGGAUCCAGAGCAGAGUGGAGCCCCACACCUUUGUGUGAACCAAUAAAAUGUAGACUCUCGGUGGCCCUUGAAGGAACCUCGUAUGAUCCUGCUUACAGAAAUGUGUUUUCACCUGGUGACACAUUAAGAGUCAAUUGUGGAGAGAAGUACUGGAUUUCUCAACCUGAGUACAACUCAGCAGUAACAACAUGCAAUCCGGACGGAGAAUGGACAAUCAGACCAGUAUGCCAAGAGGUUCGAUGCAGCACUCGACAGCCACAUGUGUAUCGCUUUAGUAUCUAUUGGGGACAAAUAAUAAAAAUGGAUGAGACUGUAGGAUACUCAUGUCGGGGAGGCUAUAAGAGCCCAGAUGGCAGAAACCUGGCCACAUGCACCAGAAAGGGUUGGAGACCAGAUCCACUUUGUCAAGAGAUAACAUGCGAACCAAAAAGGUUUCCUGAUGCUGACCCUGAAGAACCCUUUAAAGACCAAUACAGUAACUAUGAAAAGGUCAGGUAUACCUGUAAGGAAGGUUUUACUGGACAAUUUAUUCUAACCUGUCGGGGAAGCAGUUGGACCGGGUCUCCAGGAUGUAGAGCGAUAACAUGCGACCCAAAAAGGUUUCCUGAUGCUGACCCUGAAGAAUAUUUUAAAUACCAAUACAGUUACAAUGAAGAGGUCAGGUAUAUCUGUAAAGACCAUAAUGCUGGAGAAUUUACUCUAAAAUGUGGAAAACAAGGUUGGAUCGGAUCACAACAAUGUGCAGCGAUAACAUGCAACCUAAAAAUGUUUCCUGAUGCUGACCCUGAAGAAGAUUUGAAAUCCCAAUACAGUUACAAUGAAGAGGUCAGGUAUAUCUGUAAAGACCGUAAUGCUGGAGAAUUUACUUUAAAAUGUGGAAAACAAGGUUGGAUCGGAUCACCACAAUGUGCAGAGACAGCAUGUACAAAACCUUCGAUUUCAAAUGGAUUUGUAGUUGGCCCGAUAAAUCAGACGGUGUUCUUCGCCUGUAAUGAAGGUUACAAGCUUUUCACCAAAGGCUGGUGGGGUGCAGCCAAGUGCGAUGGCACUGAGUGGUCUGUACUUGACCGAUGCAUUGCCAAAAGUGAAUGUGGAAAAACUCCUGUGAUUGCUAAUGGUGAAGUGGCUGAAGAGACCGGCCAGAUUAAGUGUAACAAUGGAUACCAACAGGAGGUUGACAAUCUAACUUGUCAAGAUGGAAAAUGGACUUCAGGUGGAAUUCCACUUAAUGCUGUCUGCAGAUCUAUUGGCACUCACUGCAAAGCCCCACGUAGAGUUGAGAAUGCAGUUGUUUUGAGCGCACCUAUGAAGGAAUACUUGUCUGACUCUAGCGUCACUUAUCAGUGUCACGAUAAUUAUACAAUGGUGGGAGAAAACACGAUUCUAUGCAAAAACGGGACAUGGGAGCAGAAAAGCAUUCACUGUACAGAAAUAACCUGCGACAGAAAAAAUUAUCCCAAUGCUGCCAUUGCUGGACCUGAUAAAGACAAAUACGAAAACAAAGAAGAAGCUGUGUAUGACUGUAUAUAUGGUGGGCAAUUUACUCUAACCUGUGGGAAAACAGGAUGGACCGGAUCAGAUGAAUGUAGCGAGCCAACUGAGGACAGUGAUGCUGGUCAUGUUGGACGCCCAGAGAAGAUUCAAUGCUGGGCGUGGCUGACCUCUUUCUGCCACCACUCCCUCAUUAAGCCUCACCUGCUCUGCUCUCACACCUGCAUCUCAUCAUCUCAUCAAGCUCCUGCAGUAUUAAACUCAGGUCCACCCUCCCUGACUCCGUUGUACCUCUUGUGCUUAGUGCUCCCUGAGGACUGCAGCUGGGUACAAACACACAGAAAUUGCACUGAAAAAAAUAGUUUGUCAAAGGAGUUUGCCUCAGUUAGACUCUGGUAUGUCACUGCACAACUACUUGCUGAAAUGCGGUCAUCUUUAAUCCUUUUUUUUCUCCAGCUCUGGAGGAUUGUGCAAGUUUCUCUAUCACAGAAUGUAACUUGUUCAGGGCUCCCAGAUGUUCCUAACGCCUACCAGUCAGAAGAGUCCAAAAAAGCAGAGUACUUUGGAGGAGAUGUGAUAUAUUUCCGUUGUGAAAUUGGUUAUAUAUCAGGCCUAACCAUCAGAUACGUAUGUUCAGGAGGUAGAUGGCUUGCGCUCCACAAGAGAGAGUGCUUCUUAAAGCCAUGUAAACUUCCUGAUGAUACUCCCAAUGGCUACUUUCGAAUAAUCCAUGGUGAAGACUUUGUUUUUGGAACAACUAUCAGAUACUUUUGUAACGAAGGGUAUCACAUGGUUAGUAAGGAAGACACCAGGACUUGUUUGGUGGACAAAUGGACCAAUCACGUGCCAAUAUGUGAUCCUUUGACCUGUGACCCCCCGCCUGCAGAUGAAUGGCUUACUGUAAGUGGUGUACCAGAAAACGGAGAAGCCAUACUUCCUGACCGCUUCCUCACAUUCAGCUGUAAUAGACCUGGCAAAUAUCUGAAUGGCAGUUCAAUGGUGAUAUGUGGUAGAGAUGGGAAUUGGAAUACUCCAUUCCCCUCUUGUGAAGACAUCUCUUGCAAAGUUCACAUGAUGCAUCACCAUCUCAUUGUAACUGGACUACAACCAGGAGAUCAAACAGUAAAGACUGGACAUAAAUUGCAGUUUCAAUGCAGAAAUAAUUUUGUACUUGAGGGGCGUGAGGAAAUUGACUGCUUAGAAACUGGGCAGUGGAAUGCAGAUUUUCCAACCUGUACUGAAAACUGCAAAGUCGGGGAUGUACCAAGCAAUGUAUACACCAUCCCAAGUUUACAUCAAGUAGGCCAUCAACUAAGAAAAGGAGAAAAGUUAAAAUUUGUUUGCAGCAAUCGUAGACACAUUCUUCGAGGGAAUGCAGAGGUUGAAUGUUUACAAGACGGACAAUGGAGUGAUUCCUUUCCAACGUGCGGAGAUCCUGUGGGCUGUAACAACCCACCAGCACUUGUAGAUGGAGACACUGUGACAAGUCUUAAAUACCAGUACAGUCAUGGUGAAAGGGUUCAAUACACCUGUCAGGAUUAUUACAUCAUGGAGGGGAGUCCUUACAGAACCUGCAGCAAUGGUCAAUGGACUGGAGAGAUGAGAUGCCUCAAACCCUGCACUGUGAAUAAAGAAAUCAUGGACAGACACAAUAUUGUCUUCAGAUUCUCAAGAAAGGAGAAGCUGUAUUCGAGACAUAAUCAAGAAGCUGAGUUCAUGUGUAGCGGACGAACAACACACGAUCGUGCAGCAGCCAUGCGUCAGAGAUGUGUUGAUGGUGUGAUAACACUGCCCACUUGCCAUUAAAGGUUUUUAGUCAACUGGACAUGAUAAACAUGAGCUGGCUGGGGAAACGUGUAAAUGAUAAGUAAAACAUUUCAACAGUUAUACUGAUCCAGUGGCUAUACUUCAAUGAUCUAUUUGUACAUUCGAAGAAUUUUUUUUUGUUUAUUUUCACAUCGUCUGCAAAAUCAUCAGCAUGUACUCUAUACGUCCAGUCUUCUUCUUCUUCUCCACCUGUCGAGCCAAAGUAUCCCCAGCCAAAUUAUUAUUUCUUACUUCGAAACUGUAUGUCUAUAACCCCUCUACGCCUCCCAAUGCCACCACAUAUAUAAAAAGCAGAAUGCUACCUAAACCCAUGUGUCUCACACGUGGCUGCUGGCUGUAUUAGCAUUGGCAAGAACUGGCAUUUAUGGUACCUGACUGAGAUUUAUUCUUCUGCAGUUUAACAAGAUAUGUAGGGCUGACGAACUCACAUUGAUCAUAACAGCAGGGAUGUGACUGUAUACCGACAAAACCCCAUAGACAAGAAGAAUAAGAAGAGUUAAGUAAGUUGUUCUCUGAGAAACCUCAUCUUAUACAACCUCCUAAUAAAUAAUGCAUGUUGAAGGAACAUGUCUGCUAGUGCAAAGCUGUGGCUACCAGAUGCAUUUUUAAUAUUUUUUUUUACAACAAUGGUUACCCAAAUGGCAUGGAGCAAAUGUAUCCAUUACACCCCUUUAACCGAAUUGU